CAGCUUGCUUCUGGCAGACUUGCCUUCGAGGCGACAGAGAGGCAGGCGAAAGGCACAGCUAAGCUAUUAAAUUAAUACUCACCAUUGCACAGAAGUAAAUCUGUCAAAAUGUUCAAGAGAAAGCUCACUGCACUAGAUUACCACAACCCCUCUGGCUUUGACUGUAAAGACGAAACGGAAUUCAGGAAUUUCGUAGUGUGGCUGGAGGAUCAGAAGAUACGACACUACAAGAUUGAAGACCGUGGCAACCUGCGCAACAUCCCCAGCUCUGACUGGCCCAAGUCCUUUCAGAAGUAUCUUCAGGAUGUGAACUGUCCGUUCGGUGCGGAGGAGAGACAGGAGGCCGUGGACUGGCUGCUAGGGCUUGCUGUACGCCUGGAGUAUGGAGAUAAUGUUGAGAAAUACCGGAACUGCCCCACACUGUCCGCAGCCAACGACACGCAGAAACCCGUAGACCCUCUCCUCAACCUGGACAUAAACAACCCGGACUUCAAGGCUGGCGUGACAGCCCUGGCCAAUCUGCUUCAGAUCCAGCGGCAUGACGACUACCUGGUGAUGCUGAAGGCUAUAAGGAUUCUCAUUCAAGAACGACUGACUCCGGAAUGCAUUGCCAAAGCCAACCAGUCGAAAGAGGGCCUGCCAGUGGCGCUAGAUAAGCAUAUCCUUGGCUUCGACACUGGGGACGCGACACUUAACGAGGCCGCUACGAUCCUGCGCCUGCUGCACAUCGAGGAGCUGCGGGAGCUGCAGACGCGCAUCAACGAGGCCAUCGUGGCCGUGCAGGCCAUCAUCGCCGACCCCAAGACAGACCACCGGCUGGGGAAGGUCGGCAGAUGACCGCUCACGACAGACGUGCAUCUAGUAUAUCCCACCCUCAUCCUCGCCUCUCCUGGAUCCACAACAUCUCCCAUCCCCUCUUUCCUACACCCCAAGACAGGAGUGGUGGUCUUUGGUGGAUGAUCCUGGGCGCGGCAUAAUGACUACUCUACUCUGCAUCAGGCUUGUACAAAAUUCCAAAUGGAAAGAAUUUCAAUUCAAAGUAAUGCCAUAAUGCAAACACUAGGUGGUGGUGUUCUAUGUACUUUCAAUGGGUGGUGUAGAUUAAAUUCAGUGAAAUUCAAGGUAAUGGCACCACCUAGUGUUCGUAUUAUGGCAUUAUUUUAAAUUGAAAUUCUUUCCAUUCAGAAUUUCGUACAAGCCUGCUCUGCACACACUGAUCAACUCACUACAGAUCCAGCUGUCCACCCACCCAAGAUGGUUACUGGACACCCACACCCUGGUCUACACCCACUUCCAGAUCUACUUGAUGCAGACCCACAGCUAUAUCCCACCCUGACCUCAGAGACAGUCCACCACCUCCUCCUGGGCAAGGUCGACAGAUCACCACUCUGCCCGAUUGAUCACCCUACGCCUGCGUCACCCCAAGUCAAGUCAUCCUGGAUCCAUCCAGAACAUCUCCUCUUUCACACACCCCACAGACUCACACAGACCACCAUAGCCUGGGCAAGGUUUGCACAUGACCGCCAACCAGCCUGAAGCUUACUCUGCUCUACACACCCUACCAGUACCCAGUGUCACCGACAUACCCCACCCCACCACAGCACUUGAUCUUAACCCUCCCUAACCCCUCUCCCAUACCUCAGUUCCUCUCCUUCCAUGGGUAUCACACUCACCCUGGCCCACAAACAUACCCCACCAACGUAACUCUCCUCUCCUCUCCUUCCAACGGGGAUAUCGCUACGUCAGGCCCACGAACAUACCCUACCACUGCACCUCCUCCUCACCUCUCCUCUCCUCUCCUAUUGUUCCAUGGGUAUAUUGCACCCAGGCCCACAAACACACCCCACCCCAGCUCCUCUCCUCUCCUCUCGUUCCACGAGUAUUGCACCCAGGCCCGCAAACCCACCACAGCUCCUCCCCUCCCCUCUCCUCCACACGGGGAUCUCGCAAUACCUGCUUAAAUGAAGAGUCUUGUAGACUACAGCCAUCAGCUGGCCCCUCUCCUCCCCCACUCCCACGAAGAGCGCAGAGCGACGGUGGACUCGUUUAAUUUAAUUUUUAUUGACAUCCCUCGUUACAUCAAAUGACUCAAAUGCCUCUUCGGAGUCUUUUUGUUUUUUGCUCUCGCUCUGUCUCUCUCUCUCUCUCUCAUUUCAUUUGGAAAGUGCUGAACAAAGGUCUUUCAGCAGGAUUGACUCUGCCUUUUUACGUUUGGCUUUAAUUCACCCAAUUUGUUUUUUUUAUGCCCUUGUUUAAAAGGCUGUGAAUGACGAUGCCAUGCUGAAAAAUGCAUACUACUCAUGAAGCGUUUGAAGAAAAUGCAA